CUUUGUCUACGAUACUUUGUUCCCGCCCCGCAAUGAAUGAGUCUCGAGGGCCGGCUCCUAAUACAAAACGUGGCACAGAAGCAGCUGACACAGGAUGAUGAUGCCGAUGAGGUCGAGAUUGCCGUUGACAACACAGCCUUCAUGGAUGAGUUCUUCUCUGAGAUCGAGGAAACUCGGCUCAACAUUGACAAGAUCUCUGAGCAUGUGGAGGGGGCUAAGAAACUCUACAGUAUCAUUCUGUCUGCACCAAUUCCAGAACCAAAAACCAAGGAUGACCUAGAGCAGCUCACGACUGAAAUCAAGAAAAGGGCCAACAACGUCCGGAACAAACUCAAGAGCAUGGAGAGGCACAUUGAAGAAGACGAGGUCCGCUCGUCUGCAGACCUUCGGAUUCGAAAAUCCCAGCACUCUGUCCUCUCCCGGAAGUUUGUGGAGGUGAUGACCAAAUACAAUGAGGCUCAAGUGGACUUUCGUGAACGCAGCAAAGGGCGAAUCCAGCGGCAGCUCGAAAUCACCGGCAAAAAGACCACAGAUGAGGAGCUGGAGGAGAUGUUGGAGAGUGGAAACCCUGCCAUCUUCACUUCUGGGAUCAUUGACUCUCAGAUUUCCAAGCAAGCCCUCAGUGAGAUCGAGGGGCGGCACAAAGACAUCGUGAGGCUGGAGAGCAGCAUCAAGGAGCUCCAUGACAUGUUUAUGGACAUUGCCAUGCUGGUGGAGAAUCAGGGCGAGAUGUUAGAUAACAUAGAGCUGAAUGUCAUGCACACAGUGGACCACGUGGAGAAGGCACGGGAUGAAACUAAAAAAGCCGUGAAAUACCAGGGGCAGGCCCGGAAGAGCCCGAUUCUACUCCAGCCUGGUGUGGCCACCUUGUCUUCAGAUGGGAAUGGAGUUUGGCCUUCCUGAAAGAGGAUGGGACCCAUUUCUUUGUUUCCUGUUACCGUCCUUGGACCUGACCCAGCAAACCAUCUAGCCCUGGAGGAGUCUAAUCUACCUGAUGCAACCCCAAGUUUUCCUCAAAACCUGCAGUGUCUGAACCAGCCUGGCGUCUCUUUCUUCCCUCUACCAUGUCAAAUUUUUGCCUUGCACCUUGGAAAGCCAAUUAUUCGAAACCUUCCCAAGGUGCUGUAUUUUCUACCUCAUGGACUAUUAUUAUUCUCCCAGAAAUUGCAUUGUAUCUUUCUUAGGAGGGUUUCUUUAACAAAGCAAAGGGAUUCUUUCAACAGUAGGUUUGGACUUGAGUCUUCUACCUGGCAGGGUCCAAGUCCUCACAGUUUAUUGUCCCUGUGUUCUGAAAAUAUGAGGGAUUGGCAGAUGUCAUUUUGGUCCGAGAGCUGACUUGCUUGAAAUUCAGCCUUAAAUGAAGCUCUUAGUAUAUUUAGGUUAGUGGCCAACUUCGAUAUUUGUCUGUGUUGUAUUCUCUCAUGUUUACUGUAGGUGGCGCCAGCGUGAUGCAGUCAUCUGAGGUUACCAUUUAUGUAGGCUGAGGAUAUGGGAUAUUUGUUUUCAUGGCUGAGUCUUGGAAACUUGUUGCCCACUUUUAAGGGUGAUGCUUUGUGAAGCCACUGCCUUGAAGUCAAAUAUUUUUUACUUAAAAAAAUGUUUGGCACUUAACAUUGAGCCAGGGACAAGGUGCUUGAGUCUUUGGCUCUGGAAAUGUUUCAGACUGGUGCCAGCAUUCCGUCACUCAUUUCAUGUGUUCCAGGUAAAUUUUUAUAAUUGGCUAAUGUAUAUAGCUCUUCAUGUGUCUCUCAUGAAGUAGGAAGCUAGAAGUGGAGGAUAUAGCCUCAAAAAACAAACAACACACACACAUACACAACACACACACCACUCCAAAAAUAAAUAAACAAAAUCCAACAACCUCGAGCUAGGCCAAAAAUUAGGUAAGAGACAUUGCUUACCUGCAAAUGAGUCAUAGAAGUAGGAUCUUCCCAUGUCAUGGAGAAGCCUGCUGGCUCUGGAUGAUGACUGGGAGAAUCGUAGGUCUUUGGAGUGAGGACUAAGUUGAUCUUCAUUAAAUUUUUUCUGCUUAGCAGAUAUGUGGGAAGUUUUGAAAUCUUUCACUAUCUGCUGCCUAGGCUAGGCUUACCCCAGAGCAAUUUGAUAUAACUUGUGUGACCUCUGGAAUGUCCUGUCUUCAGGGCCGAGUCUGUUGGGGGACACCAGAAAGUACUGAGUAGCUCUUCCUUCUAUCAGGUUAAUAAGCUUGACAGGUGCUGUGUCUCCCAUAAUCUCAUCAGUGAGGAAGCAAUAGCUGGGAAAUUUUCAAGUGUCUUGACUGUGCUGGCCCAGUUUUGAGCCUCUUAGAUUCCCUGCUGGUCUCUGCCAGUCUUAUGUAUACUUCAGCAUUGAUUUUAAUGCUUUCUAGGGCAGGGCGAGCACCCUCAUCCAGGCACUGCCCAUUGGUUUCCUUUGCAAAAGCUACUUCCAGUCGUCGUCCAGCACUCAGACAGAGCCAAGGGGAUGCCUCUUGCCCAUGGCUAUGAAGUUGACAGUGGACUGGCUCUAGCAGCAAGGCCAGACAAGCUCUAAUCACAGGCUUUUGCUCUCCUGAGAUUGAGGUCUGGGGCUUAUAGUUUGGAAUACAAUAUAAGUGAAGGUUUUUGUUGUUGUUUGUAUUUUUUAAGAAGUACACUUGAUUAUUUUAUUGCUAUUUAAAAAUAAAUGACUUUAUAUUGAUUGUGAAA